CCGAGUUUACAACAACCGGAGACUGUAACCACAGACGGUUACCGGACAGACAGGUUUAAACUGACCGCCUCCUUCAGUCCGGUAUCCUCUGCGUGCACUGAGCUCUCCACCAAACUCGGUUCAGAAAUCCGUCACUUUAACUCCGCAGUCUGCUGCUCUGUAACUGUCUCAUUCACCGGCAGCUCCGUUGUUUCAGUGAUGGAGGUGGACGUCCUGGAGUUCCUGGUUCCUGUGGAGAACAACAAGACUCUGUUUGUCUGGGACAUUCAGCCGGUUCAUACUGAGGCCGAGAUCUAUGAGCGGUUGUUUUCCGUCUUCUCCUCCUUCGGUCCUCUCUACCUGUUGAAGGUGAGCUCUAACGCUCCUCUCCACCCGCCUGGUUUCUCCGCCCUCGUCAAGUUCUACUCUGCUGCUCAGGCGUCGGAGGCUCAGAGACGGACGGACGGAUGCUUGCUGUUCCAGACCUCCCCACUCAAGGUGAGGCUGAGCUCCAAACAGACUCCUCACUUCCUGUCUGACAGCAGCAGACCUCUGAGCCACGCCCGCUGCCUGGAACUGGCCAAUCACUGCCUGGGAUUCAACGGCUGGACCUCUGACAUCAUCACACUGAAGGAGCUCACCAACAAGGAGGAGGAGGAGGAGGGGGGAGGAGGGAGGAGGAGGAGGCUGAGGUUUGGGUGUCUGCUGCAGCUCUCCUUCCCCCCUCACAGACAGACGACCAGAGGAGCAGCUGUGGUGGAGGACAGCUUCACGUGCACAGGUCCAGAUGUUUUGCUGCAGAAACGCUGUAAACUACAGAAGCAGGUCAGAGAGAAAGCUCUGGUUCAGGCCUUCACUACAGUCCUGCUCAUACUACUGGGAAAUGGUAAAGUGAUGGUGGAGGUGAAACAGACCUCGGAUCAGUUUCUACCUGAGCAGAUUGAAGGAGUUCUCCAGGUGAACGAGUUUUCCUGGAGUGAGUUUGAUCCUGAUGAAGAGGAUGGUGGAGAUGAAGAGUGGGAUCUGACUGUAUCAUAGACUCCCAGAGGAUUCUGGGUAGAACUGUGGCAAAUAAUCUGGGAACUGUAUCAGAGCUUCAUAUGAAUAUUUAUUCAAUAAAUCAGUUUUAUCAGUGUCAGUGGAGAUGUGUUCUGAUUGGUUCUUGUUCACAUCACUUCUUACAAACUAUAACAUGUUUAACACAUUUUUGAUGUCUUACUAUACUAUGAUGUUUUUUUUACAUUUUGUGACAGCCUGUCAUACUAAAGUAAGGUAUCUUCAAGCAGCCAUCUUACCUUUGUUUGCCAUACACUCACGCCUCUGUACAGUGUUUAGGUUAGAUUUUGUGUUUGUCAUUUAUUUUACUAUUUUGCUUUUACACAGUGCAACAUCAGUACUGUGUACACAGACCUGUUUAUACUGUUCAUAUUGUUUAUAAUAUAUAUUAUAGAGUAUUUUGUUAUAUCUUGUUUAUAUCAUGCCUUUUUCUGUUUUUCCUGCUACAACAUUGAAUUUUCCCACUGUGGGAUUAAUAAAUUAUUAUCUUACUCUUGCUCAAAUAAAUACUUCUGAUCACCGAA